AUGGAUUCUACAUCCCUUCUUACAAUUCUUUUGGCAAUUAUUUUAUUCUCCAUUCUGCUUUCGGGAUUUUUUGAUCAGCUUACAAUUUAUACUCAAUAUUCAUUUAAAAAUGAUGAAGCCUCUUAUCCAGCUUCAAUUGAAACAGUGAAAUCAGCUUUUGCCCAAGGCUAUGCUCAAAACACAGAAAACAUUUUUUUUAUGGUUAAAGAAACAGCAGACUUUGCUCCAAACACAAGUGCUCAUCUAAAAACCACAUUAACUCGCGUUCCAAAUUUUUCGGUUUACACUGAAGGAUUUGUUUCGGUCCACAAUCUCAAUUAUCAAUCUAUUGACCUUCUUGUUAACCAAUCUGAGGUAUUAAAGUGUUCAAAAAUAUCUCCCGAGGAAAUUUAUAUUCCCACCAUGCUUGAGCAUGCAUUCGGAACCGCACCAUCAUCAGUCGACUGGUUCAUUCUGAUGGACAGCAGUCAUAAAUAUAUUUUUGUGGAAAGCCUGGCGAAAUAUUUGACGACGUUAGAUCCAUCACAGCCAUUGUUUUUGGGUACUUUGACAGGAGGUGUUUUGUCACGGGCAGCAAUCAAACAAAGCCUGGGAAAAUCAAGUAAUCAAUAUAAUAAUUAUGACGAUAAUUUAGAGGUCGAGCCACGCGGGACGUGUAGAGGCAACUUGGCCGUGCUUGAAAAACUUCAGGAAAUCAAAAAUACCCAGAAGAUUGGCCUAGAAUCUGGAUUUCAAGAAAUGACCAUGAAUAAGGACGUUGGUUCUGGGCCCAAAACAUGGUGCACUCCAGUUUACAUUGUUGGCCAUCAAACAUCCACUGAGAUUAAGGCUUUAUGGGCUUUAGAAAAUUCUGUUAAAGAGAAUUUUGUUUGUGGCUCACAUAUAUAUAAUGCCUUUGUUGCCAAUCAUAUUGCUACACGCAUAUCUGCUUGGGACAAUUUUGCCGGAGACAUUGUUCUUUCUCAGAAAAAUUACUACCGUGCACUAGUCGAUCCCCAGUUCAGCAAAUAUUUUAGGGCUCGUCUCAAGCGCAACGCUUUUCCCAUGGAUGAUGCGCAGUCGCCAACAGGAUUCGUGGAACUUGUUGAAGAGCAGAGCCUGGAGAGUAUGUCUGUAGGGCUUGCGCGGCCGUGGAGUAACGAGAUCCAAUGCAAAAACGCGUGCGACAGAUGGGCUCGUUGUUAUUCAUGGAGAUAUUUGCCACAGUCUCAAACAUACGGACUAGGAACCUCGGUUCGUCUUGGAGAAGCAGUGAGUGAAUUAUCUGACGCUUCAACAAAAUUGCAAACCAUUGAAGGUGGACUAUUUAAAUUGAAUGAUGUCAUAGUGUCUGGAUAUCAGAUGGAGAGAAUUGAAGCUUCACUAAAAAAUUUAAAGUGUGACUCUACGAUAUAA